UGUCCAUUUUCUCACAAAUACCGCCUACCGGGUGUUUUCUUUUUUCUUGUUCUGUUCUUCGUUAAUUUAAAGUAUUCAAUAUUCAGUAUUUACUAGUCAGUAGCGACUGAUUUUUGCUAUUUCAGUUCGUGGAAUUUAUUUAUUUUAAUGUAGGUGUUUUUAUCGUUCUAAACAAUUUUUGCCGUACUAUUUGAUCAUUGAUGUAAAUUAUUAUUUAUUUAUUAGGCAUCCGUUACUCAAUUAUCACUUAAACAUUGAUAUUUGAAGUAAAGCAGCUCAUAUAAUCACAAGAAAAUAAUUAUCUGCUUUCUACGUGCUGUGUAUAUAAGUUUUAAAGGUUGUAAUUUAUCAUCUUCUCUAGAUUUUACCAAACAAUCAUUUUUGAAGUAUUAUGGAAUCUAAUAAAAGAGUGCUUUCCAUUCAGAGUCAUGUUGUUAGUGGAUACGUGGGUAAUAAAUGUGCUGUGUUUCCAUUACAGAUAAUGGGAUUUGAAGUGGAUGCUAUAAAUUCUGUACAGUUGUCAAACCAUACUGGAUAUAAAACUUAUUAUGGCCAAAUAUUGAACGAAAGUAAUUUAUCGGAAUUAAUAAAUGGUCUUGUUGAAAAUGAAUUGCAUAAUUAUUCACAUCUAUUAACUGGUUACAUUAGAUGUCCAAUGUUCUUAAAGAAAGUUGCAGAAGUUUAUAAAAUAUUGAAAGAGAAAAAUCCAGAUUUGAUAUAUGUAUGUGAUCCUGUAAUGGGUGACAAUAAAAAAAUGUAUGUUCCAAAAGAAAUAUUAGAUAUCUAUAAGAAUGAAAUAAUACAUUUGACAGAUAUCCUUACACCGAAUGAAUAUGAAUUAGAGUUAUUAACUGGUAUAAGUAUAACAACUUCUAAUGACAUUAAUAAAGCCUUAAAUAUAUUGUAUGAUCACGGUUGUAAGACAGUUGUUGUGUCAUCUUCCAACAUAUCUUCAAAUUCUAUUAUGAAGUGUAUUGGAAGAAACUUUUCUUAUAAGGAAUAUGUAGAAUUAGAUAUUCCUAUCAUUGACCAAUCUUUUAUUGGCACUGGAGAUUUUUUUACUGCUUUGUUAUUGAUUUGGAUGAACUUAACUAAUAAUGACUUGAAACAUUCCAUGGAAAGAACAAUUGCAACUAUUCAAGCAGUAUUAAAACGUACAAUAAAAUAUACAAAUGAAAAUAGUUCAAAGAAUCCAAUAAGCAGUAAAGAAUUAAAAUUAAUUCAAAGCUUGAGUGAUAUUCAAAACCCUGAAGUAACAAUAUUUGGUACUAUAAAGAAAGUUGAAUAAUUGUAUUGUAUAUGUUUGUUUAUAAAUCAAAAUAGUUUAUAAAAAUAGUUAAUUUUAUUAAUAUUAUAAUAUAAUUUAAAGGACAAUAAACUUCAUAGCUCUAGUUAUGUUUGAAUUAAUAAUUAAUAGUUUAAAACUCUAUGUAGUUGAUAUUAAAUAGUUUAUAAUUCUAUAACAUACAAAAUAAAUUAAUGAGCUUAAAAUAAAAUAUACCUAUAAAUAAUAUUAACUGCCUAUUGUGAAAAUUACCAAAUAGUAUUUACUAUUUUAUUAUCAUAUAAAUAUAUAAAUAUAUUGAAAAUAUGUCUUCCAUAUACUGUGAAUUGCGCAAGCUUCCAUUCAUUAUAAAUUGUAUUUACCAUUUUUUAACAAGUUAAAUAAUUGUAUUUAAAAUUACUUGACAAAGAAUUUCACUGUCUUAUUAAUUAAAAUAAUUAUAUUAUACAUGUAUUAAUAUUUUUUAUUUUAGUAAUAUUAAUUAAAUUUUUUUUUUAAAUACUGAUACAUAAAUAUUAUUUAUUUUAUAUAGUUAAAUUGUACUUAUAUUAAUUAUAUUAACAAUAAGUAAUGUUAUUUCUACGUAUACAAAAUAUAUAUUUUAAAUAUCACAUGUAAUUUUAGAAUUUUGUGGGCUUGUGGCAUAGCCUUAUAAACUAAGUUAGAUUGUGUUUUGUUAUUUUUACGAGACGGUAAUAAUUGUAAAUUAACUCUUACGAGUCUUAUAGAUAUACUUUUAUGUGUAAUUAAUAAUUAUAUAUUCAAAUAAAUAUACAUAUAAUAUGUAUACAAUAAUCAUACAAUCACUAUACAUAUUUACAUUGGCCUAGAACUAGGAGUAUAAAAUGUAAAAAAUAAAUGAGCUAUGAAAGAUCCUAUAUCUAUGUCAUCUGCCCAUGUAAAUAUGGCACUGACUCGUACUGACUAUACUAUUAUUAUUUAAUUAAAUACUAACAUGCUGUUUCAAUGUAUCAUAUAUUCAUACAGUAAGUUUAGAUAUUUAUGUAUUUUCAUGAGUAUUAAGAUAAAUAGAAUGUUAUCUAUAAUAAAUUAUGAUACCUACACAUA